UAAAUUUAACUUUCCCACUCACGGUUUUCUUUUCCAGAUUUCUACGGAUAUCACAGAAAAAUAACGAUACAAACGCAUCAACAACAAAGUAAAACUAUUAAUAAAUAUAAUUAGCUCAAACAGAAAACGUUAAAUCAUCCCACGUGAUAAAUUUACGUGCGUAGACGAAGUUCUUAAAAUAGUAUCUCGGACUAGACUGUUAGAAGCACAUUGAGUAGUGUUUUAGAAGUGAAAACAUAUAAAAAUGCGUGAAAUUGUGCAUUUGCAAGCUGGCCAGUGUGGCAACCAGAUCGGCUCAAAGUUUUGGGAGAUAAUCUCGGACGAGCACGGCAUAGACCAGACUGGCUACUACCAUGGCGACAGCGACCUUCAACUCGAGAGGAUCCAAGUAUACUAUAAUGAGGCUGCUGAUGGUAAGCGCUACGUGCCCCGUGCAGUGCUGGUGGACUUGGAGCCAGGGACAAUGGAUGCCAUCAGGUCUUCCACCUACGGCCAGCUGUUCCGACCUGAUAACUUCGUUUUUGGGCAAAGCGGAGCUGGCAAUAACUGGGCCAAGGGACACUACACUGAAGGUGCUGAGCUGGUGGAGUCAGUCAUGGACGUCGUGAGGAAGGAGGCGGAGCCGUGUGACUGUCUUCAAGGUUUCCAGUUGACCCACUCGUUGGGCGGUGGCACUGGAUCAGGUUUGGGCACGCUGCUCCUCAGCAAGUUGCGCGAAGAAUACCCUGACAGGAUCGUCAACACCUUCAGUGUGAUGCCGUCGCCUAAAGUAUCAGACACAGUAGUGGAACCAUACAACGCGACAUUAUCAGUCCACCAGCUAGUUGAGAAUACAGACGAAACAUUCUGCAUUGACAAUGAAGCGCUCUACGAUAUAUGCUUCAGGACGCUGAGGCUGGCAUCUCCUACAUACGGAGAUUUGAACCAUCUUGUGUCGCUGACCAUGUCGGGAGUGACCACGUGUCUCCGGUUCCCUGGACAGCUGAACGCCGACCUUCGGAAGCUGGCGGUCAACAUGGUUCCCUUCCCGAGAUUACACUUCUUUAUGCCAGGCUUCGCGCCCCUGACAGCCCGCAACAGCCAAGGUUACCGUGCCCUCACGGUACCAGAACUGACCCAGCAAAUGUUCAGCCCUGUGAACAUGAUGGCAGCGUGCGACCCUCGCCACGGACGGUACCUCACCGUGGCAGCCAUCUUCAGAGGACGGAUGUCCAUGAAGGAGGUUGAUGAGCAGAUGUUGACUGUUCAGGAUAAGAAUUCUAGUUACUUCGUGGAAUGGAUACCGAACAACGUGAAGGUGGCAGUGUGCGACGUCCCGCCCCGCGGUCUCAAAAUGGCGGCUACCUUUGUCGGAAACACCACAGCUAUACAGGAGAUAUUCAAGAGGAUAUCUGAACAGUUCACUGUUAUGUUCCGGCGCAAGGCGUUCCUCCACUGGUAUACAGGGGAGGGCAUGGAUGAGAUGGAGUUCACGGAAGCUGAGAGCAACAUGAACGACCUGGUCUCCGAGUACCAACAGUAUGAGGAGGUUGGAGUUGAUGACGCGGAAUUCGAUGAGCAAGAAGAAAUGGCCCCUGAAGAAGAAUAUCCUGAAGAAUAGUUUAAAAAAUAAAUCAAUACAACUAGUUAUAGGAAUAUCAACCUUAAUAUAUAGACUUUAUGGUCUAUUUUUCAAUAGCAGACGGUACCUAAAUGUUGUUUUUGUUUUUUUAUUUAUUAAUGUAGGUAUUUAUCAUUGAUAUAGGAAUAAGAACUGUGUUUUCUAUGCAAUAUAGUUUAAUAUUCUUUAAUACAAAAUCAUUUUGGAACAU